AAAGUGAUAUCAAGGCCUUACCAUAAUCAUAUCGCAGAAAGAAAGAAAGAAAAAUGUUGUGGUGUCCAUCUCUCUUGUGGUGUUGAUUUGUCAUUGUCACCCUUUUUGGAUUGUCAUGAAGCCUAACUCAAAACAGAUGGGCAAUCUUUGUUUUGUAAUUCUGGAUGGAAACAAGGGCUUCGAGAUUCCAUCAUCCAUGAUAAGAGGAACACUUACAGGAGAAUUUGUGGAGCUGCUAUGCUAGAAUGGUAGAAUUGGUGGGAUAGAACAGUUAAGUGUAACCUCAUCAUGUCAGGCAAUGCAAUCACUAUUGUGGUCUUAUUUCUCAACAUUUCGGUGUUUUCAGCCAUCUCUGCCUUGAAUCAGGAAGGCCUGUCCUUGCUGUCUUGGCUUUCAACCUCUAAUUCUUCUUCAUCUUCUGCUUUGUUCUCGUCCUGGAAUCCAGACCACCAAAAUCCAUGCAGAUGGGAUUACAUCAGAUGUUCAAGUGAUGGACAUGUAAGAGAAAUCACAAUAACUUCCAUUAGUCUUUCAACUGGCUUCCCCACCCAGCUCUUCUCCUUUCACCACCUCACCACUCUUGUCCUUUCAAAUGGAAACCUCUCCGGAGAAAUACCACCUUCGAUUGGAAACUUGUCUUCAUUGAUCACCCUAGACCUCAGUUAUAAUGCUCUAACAGGAGAUAUUCCAGCUGAGAUAGGAAAGUUAACUCAACUGCAGGAAUUAUCACUGAAUUCAAACUUAUUUCAUGGUGGAAUUCCGAGAGAAAUUGGAAACUGUUCAAAACUCUGGAAACUUGAACUCUUCGACAACCAGCUUUCUGGGAAGAUUCCUGGGGAAACAGGACAGUUAUGGGCUCUGGAAAUUUUCCGUUUAGGUGGAAACUCAGGAAUUCAUGGUGAAAUCCCAAUGCAGAUAUCAAACUGCAAGCAGCUAGCUUUUCUUGGUCUUGCAGAGACUGGGAUUUCAGGUGAAAUUCCUAGUAGUUUAAGAGAACUGAAGAAUCUCAAGACUCUUUCAAUCUACACGGCCAAACUCACUGGUAGCAUCCCACCUGAAAUUGGUAAAUUGUCUGCCUUAGAAAACUUGUUUCUUUAUGAAAACCAACUUUCAGGUGGGAUUCCUGAAGAACUGGGCAUGCUAAAAAAUCUCAAGAAGGUGCUGAUAUGGAAGAACAAGCUAAGUGGAAGCAUUCCAUCAUCUCUAGGGAACUGUUCAGGCUUGUUAGUCGUUGACUUUUCUUUGAAUUCUCUAGGUGGUCAGCUUCCGGCAACUCUUGUGAAUCUAGUUGCACUGGAGGAGUUUCUUCUGUCUGGAAACAAUCUUUCUGGAGAGAUACCGCCAUAUGUUGGCAACUUUUCCAGGCUAAAGCAACUUGAAUUAGAUAACAACAUGUUUUCUGGUGAGAUUCCACCUUCCAUUGGGCAACUAAAGAAGCUUUCUGUGUUUUUUGCCUGGCAAAAUCAGCUCCGUGGAAGCAUACCAGCUGAGCUAGCUGAGUGUGGGAAACUUGAAGCCUUGGAUCUUUCGCACAAUUUCCUUACCCGGUCAGUUCCAGGAUCUCUCUUCAAUUUGAAGAACUUGACCCAAUUGUUGUUGAUAUCAAACAGACUAUCUGGUGAAAUUCCCCCAGAUAUUGGUAAUUGCAGCAGCUUGAUACGUUUAAGGCUGGGAUCAAACAACUUCAGCGGCCAUAUUCCAUCAGGAAUUGGAUUACUACAGAAUUUGAUCUUCCUUGAAUUGUCAGAAAAUCACUUUGCUGGAGAAAUUCCCCCUGAAAUUGGCAACUGUACUCAGCUAGAAAUGAUAGAUUUGCAUGGAAAUGAGCUCCAAGGUACAAUCCCAACAUCCUUUGAAUCUCUUAUCAGACUUAACGUUUUAGACCUUUCAUCAAACAGUCUAGGAGGCACCAUUCCCCAAAAUUUGGGCAAGCUUACAUCUUUGAACAAACUAGUUAUGAGUGGAAAUUACAUCACUGGUUUGAUUCCCAAGUCCCUGGGCUCCUGCAAGGAUUUGCAAUUGCUAGACAUCAGCAGAAACAGGAUAAUUGGUUCCAUACCAGAAGAGAUUGGUGGUUUGCAAGGACUGGACAUCCUCUUGAACUUGAGUUGGAAUUCCUUAACAGGGCCAAUUCCAGAAAGCUUUUCAAAUCUCUCAAAGUUGGCCAACUUAGAUCUGUCUCACAACAUGCUAGCAGGAAACCUGACAGUUCUGGCUGGACUUGACAAUCUUGUUUCUCUAGAUGUCUCCUACAAUAACUUUUCAGGUACCCUUCCAGAUACUAAGUUUAUGCAUGAUCUCCCUGCCACUGUAUUUGCCGGCAAUCAAAAUCUCUGCAUUAACAGAGAUGAGUGCUAUUUAAAUAUAAAUCUUCAUGGCAAGAAAUCAACUCAAAACCUUGUCUUGCGCACUUUUCUCAGUGUGGUUAUAACCGUGACAAUAGUAAUAGCCGCCGUAGCUUUGUUUAUCAGAAUCCAUGGAGGUACAUUUGACAAGAACGAUGAAGAAAAAUUUUUGGAGUGGCAUUUCACUCCAUUUCAAAAGCUUAACUUCUCUAUAAAUGAUAUAGUCCAGAGUCUGUCCGAUUCCAACAUCAUAGGAAAGGGUUGUUCAGGCAUGGUUUAUUGUGUUGAGACUCCAACAAAGCAGGUUAUUGCAGUGAAGAAGCUAUGGCCAUUAAAGAAAGGAGAGUUCCCAGAUAGAGACCUGUUUUCCGCAGAAGUUCAGACUCUUGGAUCAAUAAGGCAUAAGAAUAUAGUGAGGUUACUAGGUUGUUGCGAUAAUGGGAAAACCAGAUUGCUCUUGUUGGAUUACAUCAGUAACGGGAGUUUGGGUGGAUUGCUUCAUGAAAAGAAGAUCUUCUUGGACUGGGAUGCAAGAUAUAAUAUCAUAGUAGGAGCAGCUCAAGGACUGGCUUACCUCCAUCAUGAUUGUAUUCCCCCAAUCCUUCAUCGUGACAUCAAGGCCAACAACAUAUUGGUAGGGCCACAGUUUGAAGCUUUUCUAGCUGAUUUUGGCCUUGCAAAGCUUGUUGAUGCCUCAGGAAGUCCAAGUGCUUCCAACGUUGUUGCAGGUUCUUAUGGCUACAUUGCUCCAGAGUAUGGAUACAGUAUGAGGAUCACAGAGAAGAGUGAUGUCUACAGCUAUGGGGUAGUGCUCCUCAGAGGUGCUGACCGGAAAGGAACCAUCUGACAGCCAGAUUCCAGGAGGUCACAUUGUCACUUGGAUUAACAAAGAGCUUCGUGAAAGACGAAAAGAGUUUACUGCAAUUCUUGACCAGCAACUGCUCCUGCAGCCAGGCACACAGAUCCAAGAGACGCUUCAAGUGCUAGGGGUGGCUCUCCUCUGUGUUAAUCCUUGCCCAGAGGAAAGACCCACAAUGAGAGAUGUGACAGCAAUGCUUAUGGAGAUCAGGCAAGAACAUGAAGAUUGCGAAAAGCCAAUCUCUCUUGGGAAAAGAGUGGUGAACAACUCAAAAGCUGAAGUUCAUUGUUCUAGCUUCUCUAGAUCAUCAGACCCAUUACUUUAGUUCACCUUCCGAGGUGCCAGUUUCCCAAAAUCUUCUGCAUCCAUUGAAGUCUAUGUUUUCGAAUAAGAAAUCAUCUCUGUAGAUUUGAUACUCCGUUGAACAAACAGGGGUUUCAUGUCAUUUCAUAUCCUUUCUCUUUUCUCGUGAUCCACCAUCUUUUUCAUUAACAUGGAUACUAUAGUCUCGAGGAUUCUCAUAUUUCACUUUAAAGCAAAAGUAAAAAGAUCGGUGAAUU